AUGGCGGCCCGUAGGUCUUUGGCCCGUACUAUCCCCGCUCUCCGCUCCAUUCCCCGCACGCCUUCAAUCGCCAGGGCCAACAUCACCACUUCUCAAAAUGUCCAGCUAUCACGUCAAGGCGCAAUAUUUACUCCUGGUGCUCUAAGAUGUCUGCAUGCCACUUCUAAGCAGCUUAACCAUUCCACAGUUGCUUCAACUGCCACGGAAUACCCGACGGAUCACAAGCAGAUCGUCAACCCCAUUGACACAGCUAACUUCAUCGACAAUGAAUUUGUGCCGUCAAAUGCAGCAAAAUGGAUUGAAAUCCACGACCCUGCCACAAAUAAUCUCGUCACCCGCGUACCCCAAAGCACGGAUGAAGAGCUCAAGGCCGCUAUUCAGUCGGCCGAGAAGGCCUUCCCCGCCUGGAAGGCUACUAGCAUCAUCGCCAAACAACAGAUUAUUUUUAAGUUCACCAGCUUGAUUCGGGAGCACUGGAACCGCUUGGCUGCUUCCAUUACUCUCGAGCAAGGCAAGACCUUUGAUGAUGCCAAGGGUGACGUUCUUCGUGGUCUGCAGGUCGCUGAGACCGCUUGUGGUAUAACAACUCAGCUGACCGGCGAGGUCUUGGAGGUCGCAAAGGAUAUGGAAACUCGCAGCUAUCGCGAGCCUCUAGGUGUCGUUGCUGCUAUCUGCCCUUUUAACUUUCCCGCCAUGAUUCCCCUGUGGUCCAUCCCCACCGCCACAGCUACCGGUAACUGCCUGAUCCUCAAGCCUUCAGAGCGUGAUCCUGGCGCUGCCAUGAUUCUGGCCGAGCUGGCCAAGGAGGCCGGCUUCCCACCGGGUGUUGUCAACAUUAUUCACGGAGCUCACCGAACCGUGGACUUCAUCCUAGACGAGCCUGCUAUUAAGGCAAUCAGCUUCGUUGGUGGUAACAAGGCUGGCGAGUACAUCUACUCUCGCGGCUCCGCCAAUGGCAAGCGCGUACAGGCCAACCUGGGUGCAAAGAACCACGCUGCAGUCCUACCAGACUGCAACAAGAAUCACUCUCUGAACGCCAUUGUCGGUGCGGCCUUCGGUGCUGCCGGGCAGCGCUGUAUGGCUCUCAGCACUGUUGUGAUGGUUAACGAGACGAAAGAGUGGCUGCCCGAGAUCGCUGAGCGCGCCAAGGCCCUCAACGUGAACGGAGGUUUCGAGGAGGGAGCUGACCUCGGCCCUGUCAUUAGCCCCGAGAGCAAGAAGCGUAUCGAAGAUCUGAUCGCUAGCGCCGAAGAGGAAGGUGCUACCAUCCUUCUCGACGGCCGUGGAUUCAAGCCCGCGAAUUACCCCAACGGCAAUUUCGUCGGUCCUACCAUCAUCACAAAUGUCACUCCCAGCAUGAGGUGUUACAAGGAGGAGAUAUUCGGUCCAGUCCUCAUCUGUCUGAACGUUGAUACCCUCGAUGACGCCAUCAACCUCAUUAACGCUAACGAGUACGGCAACGGCGCUGCCAUCUUCACAAGCUCCGGCUCAACCGCUUCUCGCUUCCAGAAAAACAUCGAGGCCGGUCAGCUUGGCAUUAAUGUUCCUAUCCCAGUCCCUCUCCCAAUGUUCUCCUUCACUGGUAAUAAGAAGAGUGUAGCCGGUGGUGGUGCUAACACCUUCUAUGGCAAGCCUGGGUUGAACUUCUACACUCAACAGAAGACUGUUACUAGUCUCUGGAAGAGCGAGGAUGCUACUAGCACUAAAGCGAACGUUGUCAUGCCAACCCACUCUUGA